GUAGAGCAAUUUGAGCCGCCGAAUCGAGCAAACCGCCAACCGCUUUACCGCUUGCCGGACGAACGCGUUCCGUCUUCCCUCCGCUUCCAUUCGAUUUUGGCCCACUGUCGUCGUCGGUUGUCCAAAUGUCCGCGUGAAGUUAUAAAAACCUUUUCCACAACCGGGGGGUUUUAUUUUAUAGUAAAGUUAACUUAAAUAGUCCUUUCGGCCGAUCCAUCCAUACAUCCAUCCAUUUACCGGGGUCUUUUUGGGGAUCGUUUCUGUGUUUAUCGUAUCGGUGUCGCGUUGUCGGAUUCUACGCGAUUUUACCCCACAUUUCGAGUGCCGUGUGCUGAGUGAGGUGUUCUUGGAAUUACAAAAUAGUCAAAACCGAAAACCGAAACGUUGGCAAAAAUUCACUGAAUGAGCAAGAAAGUUAUAUAAGGCCCGAACCGGAUUUAUAAAUAUUAAUUAUACAUACAACUGUGACCAAAACAAAAACAGACUGACAACAAAACUCGGCGCUGGGAUAUACCGAAAAAGCCACUCAAAUACAAUCCGAUCCCGAUCAUAUAAAUGAUCGCCCAUCAAUUUAAUUUAAUCAAAGCCCGUAACUCAAAUUCAAUGAACAAAUAAAUUUGCGCAGUCCAACGAGCCAAUAAACGGAUCAAUAAAUUGAAAUAAGAAUCCGCAGGGGUAACUGCCGACUGCUGCCAUCUGGCAACGCUGUUCGUGGGGCAGCUUGUAACGGUUAUUCACGACAAUUUACUCACGUUAUUCGAAUUCGAGUGUAGAGUAAAACCAUGGGAAACUCAUCGUCACACACGCACGAACCACUCGAGCGCGGCUUCACACGCGGAAAAUUCGGUGACGUUAAAAAUGGGAAAUCCGCCUCCUUCCGGUUUAGCAAGAAAUCGCCGAAGAAGAUGGAUCGUCUGCGUCGCUCCUUUCGCGAUUCCUUCCGGCGUCGCAAGGAUCGCGUUCCCGAGUCCUCGAAGCCGCAUCAGUGGCAGGCGGACGAGGAGGCCGUGCGCUCGGCCACCUGCUCCUUCUCCGUCAAAUAUCUGGGAUGCGUCGAGGUCUUCGAGUCGCGCGGCAUGCAGGUCUGCGAGGAGGCCCUUAAAGUCUUGAGGCAAUCUCGACGUCGUCCUGUCCGGGGAUUGCUUCACGUCAGUGGAGAUGGCCUGCGCGUGGUAGACGACGAGACGAAGGGCCUGAUUGUGGACCAGACCAUCGAGAAGGUGAGCUUCUGUGCCCCGGAUCGCAACCACGAGCGCGGCUUCAGCUACAUCUGCCGGGACGGAACCACUCGGCGGUGGAUGUGCCACGGCUUCCUGGCCUGCAAGGAUUCCGGCGAGCGGUUGUCCCACGCGGUGGGCUGUGCCUUCGCCGUUUGCCUGGAGCGAAAGCAGCGACGCGACAAGGAGUGCGGUGUGACGAUGACUUUUGACACCAAGAACUCGACCUUCACGCGCACCGGAUCCUUCCGCCAGCAGACGCUAACGGAACGUCUGGCCAUGUCCACGGUGGGCACAAACGAACGGAGUGUGGAUGGACCGGGAUCGGCGGGUAUUCCGGGUCCACCGGCUGCCACCGUCAAGCCUUACAAUCCGUUCGCCAUCGAACGCCCGCAUGCCACGCCCAAUAUGCUGGAGCGUCAGGGUUCCUUCCGCCUGAGCACCAUUGGCAGCCAGUCGCCGUUCAAGCGCCAAAUGUCGCUGCGCGUCAACGAUCUUCCGUCCAACGCCGAUCGUCAGAGGGCCUUCCUCGCCGCCGCCGCUGGAAAUCCGCUGCAAACUCCUCUCCGCAGUGUUUCGCCCAUUCCUGAGGUUUCGCCGGCCAAGUCCGCCACUGGUGGAGAUCCCUCUACAGCCGCCACCGUGGCCGCCGAUUCGGUGAGCCAGCUGUGCCAGGAGCUCAGCCAGGGUCUGUCGCUGCUCACCCAAACGGACGAGGACCUGAACUUCAACAACAAUCGCAGCAUCAAUCAGAACAUCAUUGCCGCCGAGAAGCAGGUGCAGCACAGUGUUGCCUCCUACAGUGCCACGCCCACGGCACAGGUGACACCCCGGAUGGCCAGUACCACGCCCACUUAUCAGACGCUCCACUCGCAGCAGUCGCCCACGCGAUCGGAUCAUCACCAGAGCUUGGAAACGUCGACGGAGCUGCCGAAUGCCGAGCAGUGGUUGGGUCAAGUGGUGCGCAGUACCUCGCCGGCAGCACCAAAACGUCCGAGUUACCUGGCCAAUGUGGGUCGGGCUCAGACGAUGGCCAGUGGAGCGGGAACGGGAAUGGGAGGAGGAGCUGGAGGUGGACCCGAUGAUCCGUUCGACGCCGAAUGGGUGGCCAAUGUGGCGGCGGCCAAGCAAAUGUCGCCGGACUUGCCGAUCUCGAGCAGCGGCGGCGGCAGCAUUGCAAGAUCGCCGCUGGCCAGGCACAGCACCAAUCCGUUCAUCUCACCGCCCAAGGCGCCGGCGCAGACAUUCCAGGUGCAGCUCUAGGAUUCACCAACGGGGGAACAAAGUGUGGUUCGCUUGAAAAAAACGUAACUUAGUUUAAAGUUCAGGGGCUGAACAAUCGAUUAAUCGAUGAAUCGAUACAUCGAUGAAUGGAUGGAUGGAUGGCUGAAGUUAAAUAGAAAGGGAAUGAAUUAGAAUGGAGGUGAUCAGAGAUACUUAACGCAAACAUAACUAAUGUUGAACUAUGCAUAUAGAAAAUCGAAAUUACAGUUACUUACACACGCAAGUACAGUAAACACAUCCAUAAAUGGCGCUUAGCACUAGGCCAAAACUUACAACUGCUGCACGUAAAAAGAAAUCAUAAGAUCGCAAGAGAUCUUAUACCGAAUAUCAGUCUUCUUAUAGCGGGUCUUUACUAUGGAAAUAAUGUUUUACAAACUUGUUACUUUCAUAAGACUUGGUUAGAAUUGCAGAAAUUGUUCCCGUUAUUAAAGGAAGACCCUUAGAAGUGACUAGACUGAUACAGGUUAAGAUCCCUUAGUCACCAAACAAUUGACCAAGCUACCAAGUUACCCACGAAAGUCCACCAUUAAAUGCAAAUAACAAAACGAAAAACAAAUGGCACCCUUUUGAACUUAAAUGCAACAUCUGUAUUAUACUUUGGUAUGCCCUUCCACUACUUGUUGAUCGAUCCCGCUAAGAAUAGUGAUUAAAUACAGAUUUACCAUAUAUAUAUUGAUAUGUUGAUAUGUAGGAAACUCUAUCUUAGGGCCAAUUAUUAUUUCGUCAGUGUCAGUGUACGGUACACCGUUUUUAUAUCAAAUCUUUUAUUAUUUAAUUUAAUUUUUAAAUGUGUACAAAAUGUAUUAUACUUAAAUUAUAAAUAUAAUUUAAAAAUAAACAAAACAAAAAACAUGAAUCAACUUCAAGUUAUUUAAACCUACAAAUCAAGCAGCUAAAUACAAUGCAACUAAUGAAAACCGAUAUAGAAAUAUUGAAAUAAAUAAAUAUAUAUAUAUAAAUCUAUUGCAUAUAUUGUAAAAGAUGGUAAAGAACGGUUCGGAAGAGAUGAUAAAUACAUACAUUCGAUUUGUGUGCUUA